UCCAACUCCAAAAAAAUCCACUAUUAUUGGAGCCAGAGCCAUGUCAUCGCCAUCCCGUUGACGAUAAUUUCCCACCACAACCAACUUUCCUCCACGCAACCGCUUGACAGUGACGAAAUGCCGCGUGAACUCUACGGCGCGUGGAAUAACACCUUCGCACAGACUAUUCAAAUGUCGCCACAAUUACCUCAUUUUUUUUUUCCUAACACACAGCCCCAAGUCUGAACUUUAGAGUCUCCAUCUACACCAACCGACCCAACCAACCUAACCGACCGGCACAGCUGGCUGACUCACGGCGUUACCGUAUUUUCUACGCCAAGCUCCAACUCCAACCACCGCCACGUCACCAACGGCUCUUGGAUUUAGAGUAGCCCGACUACUCGCACAGCCACAACAAUCGCCAAAACCUAGGGAUUCGGAGGACAUGGAGGGGUUGCACACGCCGGUGGCGGAAGAGGACCCCUCCUCGGCUCUAUGGGACUUCGGGGACCUCCUGGACUUCACCGUAGACGAGCACUUCUCUAUCUCCCUAGACCCCGAUCAGCCACCACCGCCGAUCGCUCACGAGCCUCUUGAGCUUCCACAUGAGGAUCCGGGUUCCAAUCGGGUUCGGAAACGGGAUCCGAGGGUGACAUGCUCCAAUUUCAUGGCGGGUCGGAUCCCGUGCGCGUGUCCGGAGCUGGACGAGAAGAUGGAGGCCGAGGAGGGCUUGCGCGGGAAGAAGCGGGCGCGGACCACGACCCGUACGGCUCGGGGCAUGGCUCGGUGCCAAGUCUCCGGGUGCGAGGCCGAUAUCAGCGAGCUCAAAGGGUAUCACCGCCGGCACAGGGUUUGCCUGCGAUGCGCGCAUGCGAGCGCGGUCGUUCUCGACGGAGAGACCAAGAGAUAUUGCCAGCAGUGUGGCAAGUUUCAUGUGAUAUCGGAUUUUGAUGAAGGUAAGCGUAGUUGCCGAAGAAAAUUAGAGCGCCACAACAAUAGACGGCGAAGAAAGCCUGGUGAUUCUAGAGUUGUAAUGUAUAAUGAAUCUCAAGGAACCGUGCAGACUGAAAAUGUCUCUUGUGAUGGUGAAGCAGGACAAGAUGGUUUAUGCUUGAGCAGCCCAAUAGCUGAAACGGAAGCAGCCUUGGAGUCUGAAGAUGGACAAGUUACUAUUGGUUCCCAGAAUAUCCCUAGUGAUACUGUUGCAUCUUUUGCGGCCUCCGGUGAAACCCAAAUGGAUGGAAGAAAAGAUAAUUCCAAAUGUUCUCCCUCUCCAUUAUACUAUGACAACAAGACUGACUACUCAUCUAUGUGUCCAACAGGUCGGAUCUCAUUCAAGCUUUAUGAUUGGAACCCAGCAGAAUUCCCCAGAAGACUACGGCACCAAAUAUUCCAAUGGUUGGCCAAUAUGCCAGUCGAGUUAGAGGGAUAUAUCCGCCCCGGAUGUACAAUAUUAACUGUGUUCAUUACGAUGCCAAAGUUUAUGUGGGCAAAGUUACAUGAAGAUCCCAUAUCAUAUCUCAAUGACUUCGUUGUCGCUCCUGGAAGAAUGCUAUCUGGAAGAGGCACUAUACUCGUUUUUGUCAAUGACAUGAUUUUCCGGGUUAUGAAAGGUGGAACUUCUGUGAUGAAAGUCAAGGUGGAGGUGCAAGCUCCAAGGCUUCACUAUGUUCAUCCGAUAUGUUUUGAGGCUGGCAAGCCCCUGGAGUUUGUUGCUUGUGGAAGUAAUUUGCUACAAUCUAAAUUUCGGUUUCUUGUAUCUUUUGCUGGAAAGUAUCUUGCGCAUGAUUAUUGUGUUGUGUCUCUGCAUGGUCAGACUGAGGGGGAUACUGCUUCUAGUUGUAACCAUCAGAUGUACAAGAUAUGUGUUCCACAAACUGAACCAGCUCUUUUUGGUCCUGCCUUUGUCGAGGUUGAGAAUGAGUCUGGCUUAUCAAACUUCAUUCCAAUACUCAUCGGUGACAAAGAAAUUUGUGCCGAAAUGGAGAUAUUACAGCAGAGAUUUGAUGCAUCACUUUUUCUGAAAGGAUCAGAGAUUGCAGAUAUUGGUCCUCUGUCCGACUCAUUUGAGUUUUCUGCAAUGAGACAGUCAACGUUUUCUGAAUUUCUUUUAGACGUAUCAUGGUUACUUAAGGAGCCUGCAUCAGAAAAUUUUCAACAGUCUAUCACUGCAUCACAGAUUCAAAGAUUUAAUAGUGUUUUGAACUUUCUGAUAUGCAAUGACUCGACCAUGAUUUUGGAGAAGCUGUUAGGGAGACUGAAUAUUGUGAUAAGUGACAUGAAAUCUAACAACACUGUUAAUGGCAGUGAUGCUGAUUUGAGUUUACUUCAGAAACACAUUGACAAUGCGAGAGAUAUUCUUCAUAAAAAAAAUAAUACAAGUGAAAGUUCAGUGGUGCAAUCAGGAUCUGCGUCAAGAGGGAAUUCUAUUUCUGAAAGCCACUCCCAAGAUAAUGUGCUCUCCAUUCCAUUCAACAGCCAGGGUACGGGGAUAAUAUCAAAUGCUAAGUUAGAAGCAGUGAGAUGCUCAACUUCUAGUGAAAGAAGUGAAACUGUUCCCCUGUUGAGUAGAGACGUUAUCAUGAAUGUUAACCAUGUAAAGGAAUGGCCAAGAAAGUCGUGCGGUGUCAUUGUUUCUAGGGCAAUCUUCAGCUCUCGCCCUAGCAUAUUUCUCAUCUCCAUUGCCGCUGUUUGUCUAGGGAUAUGUGCUGUUCUUCUCCAUCCUCACAAGGUUAGCGAAUUUGCAGUAUCCAUUCGCAGGUGUUUGUUUGACAGAAUGUAGCAGUGGAUUGAGCCAAAAAGAGAAGUGCUGUCGUUCAUCUGUAAGUAGUAGUUAUUGUACACCAACACUAGAUGAAGAAAAUGCUGUUUAAAGCGUUGGCUUGCGACUCUACUCAACUCGUGGCAUUGGAAGCUUGAUAUUGGAGUGCUAAUUGCCACAGCUGCAUCAGUUAAAUGCUUAUCCUUUGCAAGGGAAUGAGGGUGAGGGCAGUGGGCUCAAUUAUCCGUUGAGAGAAGCAAGUUGGGAAUAAUGUAACAUGUAUUUCUUUUUUGCUUUUUGUUUUUGUUUUUUUGGGUCCUGAGCUAAUGUGUAACAUGUAUCUAAUAGUUUUGAAAGCAUUUUAGAUCAUCUUUUUGGUGCUAUUUUGAA